UUACAGGGCCUAUCCACCCCCCUCUUCCUUUGAGGCUACCUCUGGAUCUGGAAGUGUCCCUCCUCCUCAGAUACUUGCUGAAUGGAAACAGAGCUCUUUUGAAAGAGAAGCCUGAUAUAUCUGUAAAAGACAGGGGCUCAUCUGUGUUUUUUCAGAUUUGUUAAGAUGGAGAGGAGUGCUGCGCUGCUCCUGGUUCUUGCUCUGGUCAAUAUUAGUUGUUGUUGUCUGGAUCCUCCCGCUGCCUACGGGUUUACAGGAGCAGUUUGCAGGCUUACCUAUCCCGCCGCUGUAGUUCUGAAUGAGAAAACUACUGAGGUGAUACAGGCAGCUUUUCAGCAUGCCAAAUAUCCCAGCGUAGAGGGACAACGAUCAAUAGGCUUUGGGACGGUGAAAUAUGGAUUCCACAACUUAGAGAUCCAUAACCUUUCCAUUGGAAAGAGUGAGUUUGAGCUGAAGGAGAAUGAAGGAAUAGGGAUCUCCAUUUCAAACGUUUCUGCUGUAUUCAAAGGGACCAUCAACUAUGGAUAUGGCAGCUGGCUGAGUCUUUCUAUUCAUUACCACAUACCAGGUCAGGUUUCUGCAAUGGCACAGCUGUGGUUUAACCCCGUGCUCUAUUAUGUAUUUAAUGAAAUUAUUAUCUUUUGUUUAUAUAUGAACUUUAAGGUUUCUUCCGGUCAGCCUGUAAAGAAAUCACACACUUAUAUUUCAGUUAUGGUAACAGGGUUGAAUGAGAGAAAAUAUAAUGAGACUAUUUAUGUUGUAAGUGUCCAAAUUAUGACCUUAAAGGAUUUCAUAAAAAAUAUCCAACUGACCGAGAACCGCAUGCUGUACUUCUGGAUUUCUGAUGGGCUUCUAGACCCGCUAAUGUCCGCUGCACACCAUGAUGGACGAUUUAUUCGCAAUAUCUCUGGAACAGAACUCACGGAUCUGUUUCAGACAGAGCUGUCCUCAGCCAGGCCUGAAUUGUUGAACAAGUGGCUGUCCUCCGAGGGUCCGAUGUUAAAGGCGAGGAGUGUGUCAGUUCCACACAUGUGGACCACCACAGAGGGCACAUCUGUCAGAGCUGUGGCUGGAGUCGAGCUCUUACUGGACAGUCAAGACAUGCCAGCACUUUAUUUUGAGACAGAUGUGACAGUUGUUGUAAAUGCCUCAUAUGCAGAGAAGAAACUAAUUCUGAAGGCCACUGCAGAGCGUAUUUCUAUAACAAAAAUUGCCACAUCAGAAGGACCCACUGAGAUGGAGGAGAACUUGAGAGGUCAUCUUCAGGAGGCUGUGGAAAAAAUGGGAAUCCCCAAAGUCAUAUCAUACCUGGAGCCAGAAUUAACUGCUUUGAUGGAUGAACAGGGGCUCAAUCUCUUUGACAUCAUCAAUCCUGAAGUUUUACCUCAGGAUGGGUAUGUGAUAGUCCAGCUGGAUUUUGGUUUUCCACAACAUCUGCUGGUGGAAUUCCUCAAAAGGACGCUGAAUUGACAGUCUUGUCUCAGUUGACUGGAUUGUGUCUUUCUCAUGCAAAAGCACUUACAGACGUGCACACAUACAUCACACAUAACCAAAAAAAUAUAAAAUAUGAAUGACUGUAUUAUAACCGCCUUUCUGCCAUUAUAGCUUGUAUGUAAAGAACUUUAAUGCUUUGUGUAGCUGUUCAGUGUUCAAAUUUGUGUAAAUAUGAAAAUGUGAAUCACAAUAAUCUAGUUUUAUAACUUUCAGUAAUAUGAUCUCAUGACCUCCAUAAUGCAAUGUGGAGAUUGUAUUACCAUUAUUAAACAUUUCCUGGUGCUGUCACACAUAAUUAUGUGUUGCACGUUUCUGGUUAAACCUGUUUUCCUUCUGAAUGAAAUUGGCUGUUACAGUCUUCCUUUUGGUUUUUCUAAAGUUAGAUUAUUAAACUCAUGAAAAC